AUGAAUACAGCAGAUUUCCAGCCAGAAAAGCUCAUGACAAUUUUCUAGACCAAGCCCUCCUUCUAGGCCAGGCAGCCCCACGGGAAGACGUGCGCCAGGCUCAGCUCUCCCGGGCUCCCGGGGAGCGAGGGCUCCAGCCCGCUCUCCACGCUGGUCUCCGGCACCGCGUGGGCUCCCACCGAGCACCGAGACUCCCGAACGCUUUAGGUCCGCUCGCCGGCAGGCCGGUAAGCCGGGGUUUACCUAGGCCAGGAGCGUGCAGGGGAAGCUCGGAGAGCAGGAGGCAAGCUGCGCUUACGCAGCUCGCAGGCCCCGCUUCGCCGGCAGCGCUGACGUGCCCUGGGAGGCCGAAGCAUCGCCGCUGCAGACCUUAGCUGGCAGGGGCGACGAGCCCGGGGAGGUGCUGUGGAAGCUCCUCGGUAGCUGCCGGGCGCGGGGCUGUGCAAUCCGUCAGGGAAGCUGUCUGGAAUGUAGGGCAUUGGGACAGCUGCACCAGGCCAGGAGAGGAGCUCGGCGACGCUGCAACGCUUUGAUUUUGGAAACUGUGACUUGUGCUGGCUGGUAUCAGGGCCGGGAGGUGGAGCCCAGCUCACCGGCUGCGUUAAGUGUUACUGAGUGUCAGGGAGGCAGCCGAGGUGCAUCGGGCUGCGCCUGAAAUGUUGGAGGUGUGACACUGGAGAAAGAGGGGACCAAAGCCAAUUUAGCCUCCAGAAAGAAGACGCUCACCGGUCCGGCCACGCCACUCAAGUGCUGGUGCUGACGUGAGGCAGCAGUGGUGGUCGCGGGCGCAGGGUGGAAGCCACCUCCACCGGCAGCAGCGGCAGAAGCCCAGCUCAGCUUCAGACCGUAGCACUGCGAAGGAGGAACUCUACAAAUUUUUCUCAAUGACUCUAUAGCCAACUGAUGUAACAAUGGUACUAAUAUUGGGACGCAGACUGAAUAGAGAGGAUAGUGGGAUACGAGAUUCCCCUGCAACCAAGCGGAAAGUUUUUGAAAUGGACCCAAAAUCAUUGUCUGGCCCUGAGUUUUUUGACUUCUCCUCGGGAUCAUCGCAUGCUGAAAGCAUUCUUCAAAUCUUCAAUGAAUUUCGAGACAGCCGGUUGUUCACAGAUGUUAUUAUCUGUGUGGAAGGAAGGGAGUUUCCCUGCCAUCGAGCGGUUCUCUCUGCCUGCAGCAGCUACUUCAGAGCUAUGUUUUGCAAUGAUCACAGAGAAAGCAGAGAGAUGUUAGUGGAGAUCAACGGCAUUUUCGCUGAAGCUAUGGAUUGCUUUUUACAGUAUGUAUACACCGGCAAGGUGAAAAUCACUACAGAGAACGUGCAGUAUCUCUUUGAAACAUCAAGUCUCUUUCAGAUCAGUGUUUUGCGUGACGCCUGCGCCAAGUUCCUGGAAGAACAGCUGGAUCCUUGCAAUUGCCUGGGAAUCCAGCGCUUUGCAGAUACUCACUCGCUCAAGACGCUCUUCACCAAGUGCAGGAAUUUUGCACUGCAGACAUUUGAGGAUGUGUCCCAGCAUGAAGAAUUCCUUGAACUGGGGAAGGAUGAGCUUAUUGAUUACAUUUGCAGUGAUGAACUGGUGAUCAGUAAGGAAGAGAUGGUGUUUGAAGCUGUCAUGCGCUGGGUGUACCGGGCAGUUGAGUUGCGAAGACCAGUGUUACAUGAACUUCUGACGCAUGUCAGGCUCCCGUUGUUACACCCAAACUACUUUGUUCAGACUGUGGAAGUGGACCAGCUGAUUCAGAAUUCCCCAGAGUGCUAUCAGCUGCUGCAUGAAGCCAGGCGAUACCAUAUCCUCGGAAAUGAGAUGAUGUCUCCCAGAACUAGGCCCCGCAGAUCAACUGGUUAUUCUGAGGUGAUAGUUGUUGUUGGAGGCUGUGAACGAGUUGGAGGGUUUAAUUUGCCAUACACUGAGUGCUACGAUCCUGUAACAGGAGAGUGGAAGUCGCUGGCUAAACUUCCAGAGUUUACCAAGUCUGAGUAUGCAGUGUGUGCUCUGCGGAAUGAUAUCCUUGUUUCAGGUGGAAGAAUCAAUAGCCGGGAUGUUUGGAUUUAUAACUCUCAACUUAACAUUUGGAUCAGAGUUGCCUCCUUAAAUAAAGGCAGAUGGCGUCAUAAAAUGGCUGUUCUUCUUGGUAAAGUCUAUGUUGUUGGAGGAUAUGAUGGGCAAAACCGCCUCAGCAGUGUGGAGUGUUACGAUUCGUUUUCUAAUCGAUGGACAGAGGUGGCUCCCCUGAAAGAAGCUGUGAGCUCUCCAGCCGUCACCAGCUGUGUUGGCAAACUGUUUGUGAUCGGGGGUGGUCCUGAUGACAACACAUGUUCUGACAAGGUUCAGUCUUAUGAUCCUGAUACUAAUUCGUGGUUGCUCCGUGCAACUAUUCCUAUCGCAAAAAGAUGUAUUACGGCUGUGUCCUUAAACAAUCUGAUCUAUGUUGCUGGUGGGCUUACCAAAGCAAUCUACUGCUAUGAUCCGGCUGAGGACUACUGGAUGCAUGUACAGAACACAUUCAGCAGACAGGAGAACUGUGGCAUGUCUGUGUGUAAUGGAAAAAUCUAUAUCCUUGGUGGAAGACGAGAAAACGGUGAAGCCACAGACACUAUUCUUUGUUAUGACCCUGCAACGGGCAUUAUCACAGGAGUAGCAGCCAUGCCCAGGCCAGUAUCGUAUCACGGCUGCGUGACGAUUCAUAGAUAUAAUGAAAAAGGCUUUAAACUGUAAUUUUUUUCUUGAAAAAAGAAGAUGAUGGCAUGAAUGAAUCCAGUGGUCUGCCGCAAGACGGGCUUUUUAAAGAUUCCUGAAGUGGGAAAAUGCCUUUUCCCUGCCUAAGUGUCAUAUGAAAAUUAUAUCCGGUGCCUUUAGAAAAAGGGUUAAUUUAACUUACAAACCAAGUCUACAAAUCUAUCCAGUAACCAGAGUUCAGCUGUAUCUGCUGUGGGCUCUGAUACGGGAGCAGUAAUAGUACCUUGUACUAGUGUUCAGAAAGUUUGUCCUAUAUGUGAUUAGUAAUUAAAAUCUUGGAAGCUUUUUGGGGAAAGUGCCUUCUCAAGCAUUUGUGCCUGUGUCCUAAGAAGCAAUAUCUGCAAGGUGUUUCAGGUUCUGCUAACUGGAAAAAUACAUAGGCAAGUAAAUUCCAAAGAAUCAUCUAGGAUAAUUUACCUACAAUUUAAAAAAGCUUAUAUAAUUAUAAUUCAUAUGCACAAUAUUCUUACAAGCAGAUCACUUACCAUAACCCAAGUAGAUUUUAUGUCAAAUUAUACAUGGUUUGGAAUUAAAAAAAAACCAAAACAAACAAAAAAAAACCAACAAACAAAACACAAACCAAAUCAGCUACACAGGAAAAAUAUUAGAAUAUUAGAGGAAUUCUUUUUUCUGAAGGAGAUAUUGGUUGUUUAGUGAGCCACUGCAACACGCUGUGGGAACCACUGUGUACCUUAACACUAUGGACCUUAUACAUAGUGUUGCUAAAUGUUCAUGAGAAGUACAGUGCUACAUGACAUGGUAAACUAGUGAACACUGGGGUGUAGGCAUGCCUCUCUAAAGCAAAUUUUGAAUCCCAGUUUUUCACUUGAAUGGUAUGGCUGAAGUAUGAAAGUGACUGGGUUCACUUUUUGCUCACUGCAAGUAUCUCUGAACUACUCAAGGAAUAAAAGAUAAUGAACUCUGGAUUCUCCCACUUUUCUGAAUUGCAUUAUAAAUUACCUGAUGAUAAAGGUAGGGACUUGGGCUGCACCCUACAAUUUCUAAAUUGAUCUUUUGGAUAUCUCAUCUGCAGAGAUGGCAGAGUACCUGCCAAAUGUUUCUUCGCCUUUCUUCAGACAAUCACUUACUCUAGCACAGUUAAACUACUGUAUAAGCUGCUUGGCCAUAGAUAAAGAAGUUCUGGAAAGGUCCCUCCUGUCAUCAGAAAACUAUCUGUGGACCUGUCCAUGCAGCCAUACGAGGUAGCUCCCACAUAACAUGUUUUGGAUAAUUUUCAAGCCUAGGAAGCGCCUGUAUUUUUGACCCCUUUUUUUUUUUUUUUUUUUUUUUUUAAGCCUUUCCUAGAUUUUUGUACUAGGUCUCUAUUUCCAGUAUACAGUUACAUAGUUGAGACACAAGUUCAUAAGAACUGAAAUAGCACUUGAGAGUGGGAAAAUUAAUAGGAUUGUCUGUGUACCAAUUUCCAGUUAAUCACCAAAAACCUCAGGAACUGCCUUUCAAAGGAAUUCUGAGGACAGUAGCCAGGCGGGAAGUUGGUCAGUGCCAGGGCAGGAAAAAAAAUAAGGUCCCUGCAGAGACAGCUCUGGCCUCGGGGUUCUGGUCUCCGUGCUUGCUCAGGAGGGUGAAAACAAGCACCAUCUCUGGAACGUCGUUUGUUCCACUGGACUUUCUUUAUCUGUUUUCGCAGAGUAUUUCUUCAUGAGAUGGAAAUUCUGACCCUCAGUGAAGCUAUGCCAAACUGGGAGUCAUCAUUUUCAGUAACAUGUGGUCAUCACUUUUAAAGAGCACUGGGAGCUGCACUUUGAUGCAUUAACUUGUAACCUCAGGAAAAGAUGCAAAUUUCAGUUUCUGGCUGAAUACCAAACACUGCUUUGUAUAUGUUAAGAAUACUGAUAAAAAUACAAAUCUCUACGUAUCAGUGAUGUAAUUAGGAAGUUAGUCCCAGAGCAUGUAUGCUCAGAUUGCCCUAAAAAGCAAGUCCCUCUGUAAUGUAAGACAAAUUAAUCAGAUAAAUUAAUCCUUUUCCAAGUUUCUUGUAUUUUCUACUCACCAAGUGUUACUUUGGAAAGGUAAUUUCAGCACCUGUGUAUAAGGUCUGUUGAUAGCAAUGGUAAUUGCCCAGUAACUGAUACUACAUACAAACACUGUAUAUAAUUUGUGCCAUCGUUGUAAAUGAAAAUGUAAAAAAUGAUAGGAGCACUUCAUUACAGAUGCAAUUUGAGAAAUAUUCUCCUUUCCUUUGAUUUCCAUCUUGUUUGCAUUAAGACUUGUAAUGUUGAUUGUCAUGCUAAACUGUUUUUAAACACACUUUACUCUGUAGGUGUAGAACAAUGUUGUUUAUAUAUAGGUAUCUUUUAAUCUGUGUUUAUAAUACUGCACUAAUCUGUAAAUAACGAUACUGCUUUCUGUGAUUUUGAAGAUUCAUUUUAUAGUUUAGUUGUCUUAUCCUAACAAUUUAUGUAUUGUUACCUAUUAUUUUGAAAAUGACAGUGUUUAAUGAACCAGUAAAUGCAGAAAUGUAAAAGAAAACUUCUGCUUGUAGUUCUCGAACCUGUAUUCAACGCUGAACAGUUACAUGUGUGGAGCAUUGCUAAAACGGCAGCUACUGAUGCAAUGAUUUCCUUAAAACAAGCAGUGAAUGGGGUUUUUUUUUGCUUGUUAACUCUAAAUAAUUUGCACUUACGGCCUGCUCUAACAAUUACUUGUAGAUGUACUAGGAAAGAACAAUUCAACUUUGGUUUAAUGACAAUGUACCAUUUUUCUAGAAGGAUGCAUUAUUUGGAUGUUGCAUUCCUGAGCCACCUGUUCUCCGAUGCAUUUCACUUGGGCAUAGAUUAAUUUAAACUCUCACUGUUAGGCAUAUCUAGCUGCUUGCAGUUUAUGGGCUUGAGUAGCAACCUGGUGUUUGGUUUUGGUUUUGAGGGUUUUUUUGUCUCAGCUAGGAGAGAAAAUUAUUAAUGGUAAUAGGUUUGGUAGCUCUAAAUUAGACACCUGCACAAAUACGUAACUUCAGUCUAACCAUGCAUGGGAAGAGGGCUCAAGUAUCUCCAAAGUCACUUCUAAAAACUAAAUUCUAAGAGUUGUCUAAUAUUUCGUUCCACUAAACAGAAAAUUGCCUUUUAAGUAUUUCACUCUUUAAAAGAAAUGAGAGUAAAUAUUUUCCUUUUCCAUAUUGAUGUCCAUGAUGAGUUACUUCCUGUUUUCAGCAACGUGAUGUUAAUUGAAAAGAAAGUUGAUGCUUCCUUGCAGCCUGGCUUCUAGAAGGUUCUGAAUAGAUAAUUUUAGUACUGCAUUAUAGUGCAGCCUCUAGCCUGCCACUUUUAUAUACAGCAUGCAUUCCCUCAUUUUACAGCCAUCAAGCAUGUAACAGUGCCUGGUAAUCAUUUAGUUUUACCUGUAGGCUCACUUCUUGAUAGAGCUUAAGGUAGGUAUAAUUUGUGGAAUCUCUUCCAUUUGUACCAUCAGAUGAUUCAUUUUAUACUACAUGCCUGGUGUGCAUUGUGAGGAUUAGACACUGUGCUUUCCACUCUAGCACCAAGGGUCCAGAGUCGCACUGUUAUUUUUUAUUAUUUUAAUUGGAACCAAUGCAGUUCCCAUCAAAGAUUGCUUUUGUUUCUACUCUCUGAAGCACAGAUAUCUUUAAUGCAGAUUAUGUUGAUAUGGAUUCUUACCAUAAUGUACUCCAAGCUUUUUAAACAGUAUUAUUAACACUGCAAGUUUGAGAGAUAGGCUGAUGAUGCAUGAAGAAGGGGUGCUCACCUUGACAGAGGUUCUGAGGAAGCUUUGGUCACUUAUGCUUCAGAGCAAGGAUACUGUGGACUGCUCCUGCUACUUCUUCAAAAUAGUUGAGUUCACCAUAUUAUCUUUGAUAAUUACUCAAUUUUUCCUGCUUUUGUUUUAUUUGAGCUGCCAGGACAAAACAAGCAGUCCCGCUCCCUGUGACUUCAGGUUUCCCUCCUGCCCAAGGCCUGGUGGUGUGCUGGAGCUGUCACUCUUAGUGGGUAGGCAGAGCUGUGAAAUUUGUCCAGCUCCAAGGAGAGAAAUGAGAAAAACUUAUUGGGGUGGGGUGAGAGAUGGCAGGAGGGGAGGUGUUUGGGGGUUUGGCUGCACUUGCUGAAACCAAGGUACUCUGGCUGCUUAUAAGUUUGCAAUUCCAGAUGCUGAAACUGAGAGGGUAAAAAUAUUUCACGUUUUGUCAACUCACUAAACUCAGUUGGAGCAAUAAAGAUAUAUAUAUAUGGUCAUGGUCUUCUAGUGGCAAUGUUCAAGAAAGCCAAAGGUUCAUUUUUCCUAAUUGCCCAUCUAAGUAAGUAAAUGUGGGGUUUUUCUCCACCACUAAAAAUGGCAAAAGCCAAUUCAAGAGUAUUAAGAAACUCACAAGACUUGAUCACUGUGAAGCAAAAUGAAUGUUUUCAUCCGAACGUAGUCUUGUGCGCACAAGAAAGUACAAAUGAAACGGGUGGUUGUGCCUGGUUAAAAAAUGUGAGUGACACAUAUCCAGAAAAGCAGUCUAUAAGAUGAGAUUUUUAAGCAGAAAUUUGCCAUCUGGUUGGAGGCCAAGCAGUGAUGUCUGGGUUGGUUUUUUUUUUUUAAAUGUCUAGCACACAAGUUUCCUCAGCGUUGAAUUAUUUGAGGUGGCAUUACUGAAAAUGGAUCUCACUGUCAGUGUAUGAUGAUUGUCAGCUCUGUGAGCGUUGCCACAGAAAGGUGAGCAGCCUCCUAACCAUCCCCAAACCAGCUGUGUGAAUCACACGCGCUCUGCCCGCGGGCCUUGUCUCCGCUGUAUUCCAUAACUAAUGUUACACUUAAGUUCAUGUUACUCAAAGUAUAUAGCCCUGGUAACAUUACUGUCUAAGGACUCCAUUUACAGGAACAUUUAUUUUUUUUUUACUGUAGUGCUCCAGUCUAUGCUCAUAUGUUUAUGUGUGCACAUAUGUGUGUGUGAAUAAUUUCAUGAUCGUUUUCUGAUAGUGCUGUUAUAAGUAAUGCACAUAAAAGCUUCUGUGUAUGGCAUGUUGAUAAUGUAAUUAUGGCUUCCUUUGUAUUAUUAGUUCCAAAGAAAAUAAUGUGUGUUAAUUUUGAAAAUACCUGUGCCUUGAAUUCACCUAUAUUUUUAUCUAUUGAGACAAAGAUCUUAGAUUACUUCUCCCAGUUUAUUAGGAUCGGUCUUACUGUCCAGAUGGUUGAUGUCCUUCUAAGAGAAACGAAUCUUGUCAUUCAUUAACUAGGAUAGUUAAACCUCUUGUUUAGAAUGUGCCUAGAAUGCUUCCAUUAUUACAGUUCUGUGGCAGAUGUAAUGUAAGGAAAUCCAGUGGGUUUUCCAUUUUUUUUGUUUCCAGCACUCCUCAGUGACAAAGGAUUUUAAUCUUCGACUUCCUGCCCUUAACAUACGCAGGCUCUUGUUUUAGUCAGUAGCCUCUGUGAUAUUUCUGAAUGCUCCGAUUUGCCAGUCAUGAACCUCUUGUUCAAUAUAUGUAAUAUGAAGCAAUAAUAUGGUGCAGCAUGGCAAUAAACAAAUCAAGAGACUUGAAUGUAAUGUACUAUUGCUAAUUUCAUCUUUGUAAGUGCUGGACCUAUGAGGCAUUCUCCUUUUGGUGCACCUGUAGCAAUUUGGAGUCAGAUUAAUAGGAGCUACUUGGUCAUGGAAAGAGAAUUUACCUCCUGAACUGUUAUUCUUACGAUAUUUUAUCUUCACCUGAAAUCAUGUUUUGAUUUUCCUUUUUUUUUGCUGAGGAAAACAGCAGUUCAUGUUACUCCUUGCCAGUUCCUUUAUUUACUGAAACAUAAAAGGCAUAGUUCUGUGAAGAGCUGAUCUUGUCUUCAAGAACAACCUGGUGCAGCACAAAUGACAUUUGAACAAAAAAAGUGCAGACCACUUACUGUGUGCCAGAGUCAAUGUAAUGUUAUCUUGCAUAUAACAUUAAGGUCUUCAAAUUGUGCUGACAGUAGAAAAGUGAUUUUGUAAUGUAGCACAAUUGCAAUAACACCUGUUAUAUUUAAAUAUAUUUCUUGCAUAAUUCUUUGAAAGUUUUUUAAAGUUCAAUGUACCUAAUAAACAUUUGCCUUUUGAAUA